AUGAGUAUUAAACAAGCCUGCAUCUUUCUCAGGGGAGGAUCAAGGAGACAAACAAGGGCUCUUACAAACGAUGAGAUUGAAGAGUUACGUGAAGCUUUCGUAGAGUUUGAUAAAGACAAGGAUGGUUUCAUAUCCUGCAAAGACUUGGGGAACCUGAUGAGGACGAUGGGGUACAUGCCCACUGAAAUGGAGCUCAUUGAACUCAGUCAGAACAUCAACAUGAACUUGGGGGGACAUGUGGACUUUGAGGAUUUUGUGGAGCUAAUGACCCCCAAGCUCGUGGCUGAAACUGCAGGGAUGAUCGGGUUGAAGGAACUUAAAGACGCAUUUCGAGAGUUUGAUUUGGACGGUGACGGUAGUAUCACAUCUGGGGAGCUGAGACAUGCCAUGAUAAAGUUAUUAGGAGAGCAGACCUGCAAAAAAGAAAUCGAGGCGGUGGUCAGAGAAGCUGACAACAAUGGAGACGGAACAGUGGACUUUGAAGAGUUUGUGAAAAUGAUGUCACAGAAAUGA